AUGAACCACCCCAGCGAAUUUUCAGACGCUUAUUGGUUCUUGGGAACACAAUACAACGGCGGACGGAUGAUGAACAUGUGGCAAGCGACGGCAUCGACGCUACCGGCGAUGGUCGUCGGACAGAACGACACUCAUCUUGCUCUACAACAACAGAUUCAUGCGUUUUUGAGUCUCCAGCAAAUGUGCGCUCAUCCGUUAAUGGAUUUUAAAACGGAUAAUAAUGUACUAAGAACAGUGGAAGCCGCAAAAGAUUCGGACGAAGAUAAAGAACCCAGCACAUCCGAUUCACCUCCAUCGGCCAAACGAGUUUGUUUCUUGCUCUCAUGUGUCAAAAUUCUCGAUUUUUAA